CGCCAAGUUAUGCGACUGCAUGAUAAUACAGACAUUCCACGCUUCAAGAAUGCCUGCGACCAGGUCUUCAUGUCCACUGCCAUCCUAAGAACCCGGAUAGUUGAUCUCCAGGGACAAGGGCUGGUUCAAGUCGUCACCAAGGAGUCUCCAGAAUGGCAAGAGAGCGACAGUCUGCCUGCCUUUCUUCGGCAUGAUGAGCAAAUACCCGUCGGGCUUGGGACCCCUCUCGCACGAUUUGCUUUGGUGCACGACAGAGUUGAUAACCGGUUCUACUCUAUAUGGACGCUACAUCAUGCGCUUUAUGAUGGGUGGUCAUUGCCUCUACUCUUGAACGAGGUCGAGAAAGCUUACUAUGGAUCGAAAAGUGACGGCCUAGCAUCAUUCGCGGGAUUCGUGAAGUAUCUUACUGAAAUAGGACCUGAGGCUGACACGUACUGGCAAGCAGAACUUCAGGGCUCGCGAGCUGCGCAAUUCCCAGCCCUACCCUCUGCUCAAUACCAACCCCGUGCUCAGGAGGUCAUGCACCAUGAAAUUACUGACGUCCAGUGGCCACAAAACAACACGACCCCUUCAACGGCUCUACGCGCUGCCUGGGCGAUUCUGAUAUCCCAUUACACCCAAUCACAUGAUGUCAUAUUCGGCUCUACGCUGACAGGCCGUCAAGCACCCGUCCCCGGAGUAGAGUUAGUGGAAGGGCCUACAAUCGCAACAGUGCCGAUCCAGCAGCAGUCCAUCAACAUGAUCCCUUUUGAGCAAGCCGGGCUUCCACGGAUCCGACGUAUCAGCCCUGAGACAGACCUUGCCUGCGCGUUCCAGACGCUACUCGUGGUCCAGCCGGCCCCCGAGUCAGCGAAACAUGAUGCAGGUGAUUGGUUAUUCAGAGAAGAGGGCGAUUCGCUCAGCCCAUCGGCUCUCAACAGUUUCAAUACAUACGCCAUGAUGUUGGAGUGUCAGCUAACAGGCGAUGGCGUGUCCAUCCAGAUCAGCUACGACGCUCACGUGGUGAAGCCUGUCCAAGUCGAGAGGAUGGCGGCACAACUGGAGCACAUCCUGCGUCUUGUUUGCGUGAAAUCUUCCCAAGAUCUAAAUGUCUUCAACCUCGAAAGUGCCAGUGAAGCCGAUCUUCGGCGUAUUUGGGAACUGAACUCACCGGUGCCCGUCGCAGUAGAAUCUUGCAUGCAUGAUCUGAUCGUGCAGCAGGUCCACAUGCGACCUAAUAACAGUGCCAUUCGUGCUUGGGACGGAGAAAUGACUUACGGCCAGCUAGAUACCCUCUCGACUCGGUUAGCACAUCGCUUGAUUGAAGUCGGAGUCCUUCCAGAUUCAAUUGUCGCUCUGUGUCUCGAAAAGUCUAUGUGGAUGCCCGUCGCAAUUUUAGGCGCCAUGAAGGCUGGCGCUACUUCCGUGACGAUGGACGUAACUCAACCCGAGGACCGACUUCGACUGAUUGUACAGCAGGUGCAGGCACCUGUUGUUCUUAGCUCAGUCGAGGAAGAAGAACUGGCAGGUCGGAUAACAGAGAAGGCAGUGCGCGUCGUUUCACGAGAAGUCUCUGAAAACCCCGUGUCACUUGACUUGGGGACGAAGACAGUCUUGCCCACUGUUCGACCCGCCGCUGGCCUUUAUAUUGCAUUUACGUCCGGCAGUACUGGUGUGCCAAAGGGUGCUCUCAUGACCCACCGCAAUAUGGCCAGUGCGGUCUACCACCAACGGGAAGCGCUAGGAUAUCUAGCCACAGAUCGAGUGUUUGAUUUCUCAUCUUACGCCUUCGAUGCAGCUUGGCUUAACUUCCUACACACAAUGGCCGUCGGAGCAUGUCUAUGCAUUCCGUCAGAGGAUGAACGAAAGAAUGACGUGGUGGAAUGCAUGCGCCGAAUGGCCGUGACAUACGCGGAUCUCACUCCUUCUACCGCACGACUGAUAGACCCCACUAGUGUACCAGAUCUCCGAUGCCUGGUUCUUAUCGGCGAGGCGGUCAACACGCACGAAAUCGCACAGUGGAGCUCGCAUGUCGAGCUGAAGAAUGGAUAUGGCCCUGCAGAGUGCAGUGCUAUAUCUACCACAUUCAAUCUGGGCGAGAAUGACCACCCACCAGGAACCAUCGGCGCUGGACGAGGGAUGGUUACCUGGGUCUUAGAGCCCUCAAAUGCCCAGACUUUAUCGCCUUAUGGAGCUGUGGGCGAGCUCUGGCUUGAAGGGCCUCUCGUCGGCGCCGGCUAUGUUGCUAGGCCCGAAAUCAAUGCGGUGACCUUCGUCGAAGAUCCACCGUGGUUGCUACGGGGAGGGCCUGGGUUUCCCGGCCGGCACGGUCGUCUAUAUAAGACGGGUGACCUUGUCCGCUACAAUUCUGAUGGCACGUUACUUUACUUGGGUCGCAGAGAUGCCCAGGUAAAGAUUCGAGGUCAGCGAGUGGAGCUUGCGGAGGUCGAACAUCACCUCUACCACGCCUUGCCCAUAAGCGCUCAAGGUGUCUCAGUCGUGGUAGAAGUCAUCACUCCCAGACAAAGUACCAACCCUAUUUUGGUCGCGUUCUUUGAGCUAGGGCAGGUGGCUCUGGGAUCCAUCGAGACGGUACGGAAGGCACUCAAAAGCCAUACCGAAGACUUGAAUGGUCGGUUGGCGGAGCAGCUCCCCAGCUAUAUGGUUCCCACCAUGUAUAUUCCAGUGGCCGAGCUUCCAAUGACCGCAACUGGUAAGACUGACAAGCGAGCACUACGUGAGAUUGGAGCGAAGAGCUCGCUGGAGGAAUUAGUGGCGUUUCAACCAACCCAGGGUGAGCGCCAGGCGCCUACGACUGAGAUGGAACAUCGUAUCUUAAAAUUGUGGGCGGAGACACUCAACUUGAGUCCUACUCGGAUUGGUGUUAACGACAAUUUUUUCGCCCUUGGAGGUGAUUCUAUAUCAGCCAUGCAGCUCUCUGCAAAGAGCCGGUCUACAGGCCUUCAGAUCACCGUCCCCGAAAUCUUUAAACACAAGACCAUAGCACGCUUGGCACACGGUACGGCCACCAUCAGCCAGACUGUGGCCCAUACAGCAGAGCGCCUCGGUGUGCCUUUUGGCUUGUCGCCUAUCCAACAGCUCUUCAUCGAUGCCCAGCAAGGUGCGGACAACCAUUUUAACCAAAGUUUCCUGCUGCGAGCCACCCGUUCAAUUGCUUCCAAUCAGCUCAGAAGUGCUUUAGAGGCCAUCGUUGCGCACCACUCAAUGCUCCGGGCGCGUUUUAACUCGGCCCCAGAGAACAUCUGGACUCAGCAAGUUCUUGCAGAGUCUGCCGGGAGUUAUCGGUUUUCCUCUCAUGAGCUCGCUUCUUUUGAGGAUUCAUCAGAUAUCAUCAACCAGAGCCAGACCUCCUUAGACAUUCAAGAUGGACCGCUGUUCGCAGUUGAUCUUCUCAACUGUCAGAAGGAUGGUCAAUACAUCUUCUUAGUUGCCCACCACAUGGUCAUUGAUCUUGUGUCAUGGCGAAUCAUCCUAGGUGACUUGGAAGAAUGCCUCAGCGCUGGGCAGAUCUCGGGAUUUGCACCAAUGUCCUUCCAGACCUGGUGCGAGCUUCAGGCUGAACACGCCCGAGAUCAUCUUCUUCCCGAUACGGUUUUGCCGUUUAGUCCUACUCCCCCCGAGUAUGAUUACUGGGAGGUUGAGCCCAGUUCAAAUACCUUUGACAAUAUUACCAAAGGCAGCGUGAUUCUUACACAGCAGUUGACCGAGACUCUUCUUGGACCUGCCAAUGCUGCAUUUAACACGCAGCCUGUUGAAAUUCUUCAUGCCGCGCUGCUUCAUUCUUUUGCCAAAGCCUUCAGCGAUCGGUCACCACCGUGUAUAUUCAGUGAAGGCCAUGGACGAGAGCCAUGGAACUCCACUAUUGAUCUCUCUCGCACUGUCGGGUGGUUUACUACUAUGUUCCCUGUCAUGGCUGCCGUGCAUCCAAAAGAGCAGAUUUCAGCUCUUGUACGCCGUAUCAAAGACGCCAGGCGCGGGAUUCCUGGCAACGGCUGGUCAUACUUUACGUCGCGCUUUCUGAAUCACUCUGGCAAAAAGACCUUCCAGAUCAACGGCCCUGUCGAGAUUAUCUUUAACUACUUGGGUCUAUAUCAGCAGCUCGAAAGGAAAGAUUCGCUCUUCCGGCUAUCUGACAUGCCUGCUAGUGUCCAUGAACUGGCAGAUAUUAGUGGAAGCCUCAGUAGGUUUGCUCUAUUCGAUGUCUCGGCCUCCGUGCUCGAUGGUUGUCUACGGGUGGACUUUCUGUACAAUCGUCAUAUGAAAAACCAUGGAAGAAUCCGCCGGUGGGUCAGCGAAUGCAAGUCCUCUCUCGAGGCUGCCGCUCAUGAGCUUUCGACUUUGAAGCCAAGCUAUACCAUAUGUGACUUCCCUCUGCUGCGCAUGACAGAGCCGGAGCUAGAUAAGCUGGGUAGAACCCUUUCCCAGCUUGGCAUCUCAUAUGGUCAGGUGGAGGAUAUGUACCCCUGCUCGCCGAUGCAACAAGGAAUCCUGAUGAGUCAGGUAAAAAGCCCCAAACUCUACUGGACCAAAAUCAGCUGGCUGGCAAAAUCGUCAGAACAAUCGGCUCCAGUGGACGUGUUUCGACUUAAGCACGCGUGGCAACGGGUGGUGGACCGACACCCAAUGCUUCGCACUAUUUUCGUUGACAGCAUAAUGCCAGAUGGGUUUAAAGACCAGUUGGUUAUCAAAGACUUCCAAGCAGACGUUCAUGUCAUCUCUUCUGCGCCGAGUGAUGCAACCGAAGAACCGGCGAAGCCAUACGCAACCCACAGUUCUCUAUAUUUAUCUACAACAGCAACAGGGAUCAUGUGCGAGCUCUCAAUCAACCAUGCAUUGAUUGAUGCCUCUUCCAUCGGAAUCCUCAAGUACGAACUGUGCGCCGCUUACGAUGGCUCUCUGCCGUCUGGCACGGACGGUCUAUACAGCGAAUACAUUCAGUUCAUUCAGUCCUUACCACAACAAAACGCCCAGGAAUAUUGGCAGCAGCACCUUUCAGGGGCCAGUCCUUGUGUCUUUCCCUCUCUUGGUGGGCGGGACCCACACGGCCCUCGUUCUAAGUCUCACAUCUCGAGGCCAUUUGAUCCAGACCUGCACUAUGCCUUGCGCCACUUUUGUGUUAAUCAUGGACUGACGAUCUCCAAUGUGUUCCAUAUUGCGUGGGGACUUGUCCUGCGAGCAUAUACUGGCUUGGAGACGGUAUGCUUUGGAUAUCUUACUUCAGGUCGGGACAUUCCCGUGUCGGGAGCUGAGAGGACCGUUGGACCUUUUAUUAAUAUGCUCACGAGCAAGGUGACACUGGGAAACAAUGAAUCUUUAGUGGCUCUAGCGCAAAACAACCAGAACGAGUAUCUGAGCAGCUUAGAGUUCCAGCAUUAUCCUCUGGCGAAGGUGAUUCACUUCUUGGACUUGGCCGGCGAAGAACUUUUCAACACUGCUAUCUCUGUCCAGGCGAGCGGGUUCGGGGGCAAUAAUGUCCAAUCGUCCAUAUCGCUGUCAGACAUUGGAGGCGAUGAUCCGACUGAGUAUGAUAUCAUGAUAAACAUUGGUGUCGACGACAAUCAGACGGUUGUCAACUUCACAUUCAAUGAUUCAAUUUUGUCUGCUAGCCACGCUGAAAAUGCGCUCAAUCUGCUUUUUCAAGCAGUCUCGCAGACAAUAUACCACCCAGAUCGAACACCUCAUGAAACCGAUCUGCUCAGUCAACAGGGUCUCCAGCGUAUUUGGGACUGGAAUGCAGUAGUUCCCGAGCCCAUCCAAGUCUGUAUGCAUGAUAUGAUUGCACAGAGAGCACGAAUGCAGC